AUGUCUGCUUCUCCCCUCGGCAUCAUCGGCGGCACCAGCCUUCUCAACAGCUCCUACUUCGCCACUCUGGAAAAGAGGGUCAUCUCCACGGAACACGGCGAUGUUAAUCUUCACUUCGGCGAUGGCUUCAUCUUUUGCCAGCGCCACCACGCGGACCCCGCAAAGGAGUACACCCCGCCGCAUCUCAUCAACUUCCGCGCCAUCAUCGCCGGCUUCAAGCAAAGUGGAGUAGAGAAAGUGCUUUCGUUCGGCAGCACCGGCUCUUUGAAGAAGGAGAUCGGCCUCGGUUCUGUUGUCAUUCCCGACGACUUCUUCAACCUCUUCAACCAGGUCUCGUUCUACGAUGAUGGCCGUGCUCACAUUGUCGCCAACAUCGACGCUGGGUUCAGACAGGAGGUCAUCGAAGUUAUCAACAGCAAGAACGCCGAUGGUUCCGUUCCCCUCCACGUCGGCGGCACCUACGUGCAGACGUCGGGUCCCAGGAUGGAGACCAAGGCUGAGAUCCGCGUCAUUGCCCAGUGGGGAGAAGUGGUGGCGAUGACCGCUGCCCACGAGGUGACGCUGCUGUGCGAGCAGGGCAUGAAGUCUGCAAUGAUCUGCAUGGUCGAUAACUAUGCCAACGGCAUCGUGGAGAAGCCGCUCACCAUGGCCGAGUUCAAGGAGGGCGUGAAGAAGAACGAAAAGGUUGUCGAGAGCGUGCUCGACUGGAUGCUCGAGCACUUCGUGGUUCCUCACAGGCAGUAA